CCGUGUAUCCUGCGGGAAACCGGCGUUUUGCCUCCCGUCUCAACAACCCGUUGGCUACGUGUUAUUGCUUUUGACCUGUCCAGAUUGUUUUAUUAUACCUAUUAAUUAAUUAACAGUUAGUAAGUACUUAAAGCAAAAAAUAUGGAUUUUUUUAAAACGAUCCCGACACACAUGGAUUUCGAUGGGCAGCACAAAGCAGAGAAGUUUUCAAGAAUUAUAAUCACACUAUUUGGGGUCGUUGGGCUGAUUUGGGGGUACAUAAUUCAGCAAUUUUCCCAGACGGUGUACAUAGUAGGAGCUGGUUUUGUCCUCGCUGCUAUUGUGACUAUACCUCCUUGGCCUAUGUACAGGCGCAAACCCCUUCAAUGGCAAAAGCCCCGACCUGAUGGUGACCAAGGAGACAACCAUCAAAAAUCAAAAAAGAAAAAAUAGACAUUAAUUAAAAAGGUUUUAUUCUUUAUACAUUCUUUAACGUUAAUUUAUAUAAAAUAAA